AUGGCGGAUCGAGACGCUGAGGUGUUACUGGCCAAGUCGUCAUCACCGUCGUUGUGUACCUUGGCAACGUUCAGCCGCAGGCUGUUAGAGGCUGUUGAUGAUGCUGGUCAUAUUUCCAGCCUUAAAGUCCGGCAUGCCAUAAACAAGCCUGUCGCUACCGCCCCCGCUUGCGGUCUUGACCUCGUUUACUUCUCAGUUAUCGCCGCCUAUGACCUUGUUGCUAUCGCGAACGAGAAGGAGGAAGGGUGUGACGACGUCGAGUGGCCCCAGAACACGGUCACUCGCCUCCGCAAGGAGCUCAAGGGACAUCUUCAAGGCGACGAUCGCUGCGUCGUCGCCGGGGUCGUCUUCAACCCCGCGCGAGGCAUUGGACAAUUGCGCGUCGAAUAUCAUGCUAGCGCAGAUGACGGCGCUGAAGAACAGCUACAAGAGUCUCCGCGAGAAUACCGCCCGUUGCAAGGCGCCAUGGGUGGGACUGCUAAGUACGAGGAGAUUGUCGGGCAGUUCAUCGUGGAGUACGAGAAGGCCAUCAACAAGAUGGAGGCUGAGCUUGAGCCCAACCGCUCGCGCCGCUCGUGA